CUAGAUGUCGCUGUUGCUGUAGUACAUUGUUGCAAUGCCUCGUACAAGCAGCCGUGAUGAUAGAGCUGUGCACUUUUUACUAGACAAUCCAUUGAUAUUUUUCUACUUCCUGUUCCUAGUUUCCCUACAGCUUGGUUCCGCCCUAGUCUGGUGCCAGUUCUGUAAAUGGACCUGCGGUUUUUAUUUCCGCUGAGCAGGUAAUAUCCCGGCUGGCCCGGGGCUGCAGGUUUGGGCGCUGGUUGAGACAAAAGAAACCCAAGGCGCUGACAUCUCUAGAGCGAUACUCUAUGCCACAACUGCUUCCCCAUGGCGUGUAAGUCCAAGGUGGCUCCCAGUGUCGAUUUUGACCACAGCUGUUCUGACAGUGUCGAGUACCUGACCCUGAAUUUCGGCCCGUUUGAGAGUGUGUACUGCUGGCGGAGGCUUCUUCCCUGUGACGAGUUUGUAGGAGCCAGGCGCAGUAAACACACAGUGGUAGCUUACAAGGAUGCUAUCUAUGUUUUUGGUGGAGAUAAUGGAAAGAAUAUGUUAAAUGAUCUUUUGAGGUUUGAUGUGAAGGAUUGUUCCUGGUGCAGAGCUUUUACUACAGGGAGCCCGCCAGCACCCCGGUACCACCAUUCUGCUGUGGUCUAUGGGAGCAGUAUGUUUGUGUUUGGUGGUUAUACUGGAGAUAUUUAUUCUAACUCCAACCUCAAGAAUAAGAAUGAUCUUUUUGAGUAUAAGUUUGCAACUGGAUUAUGGACUGAAUGGAAGAUUGAAGGGAGAUUACCAGUGGCUCGAUCUGCCCAUGGUGCCACUGUAUAUAGUGAUAAACUCUGGAUAUUUGCGGGAUAUGAUGGAAAUGCAAGGUUAAACGAUAUGUGGACUAUUGGGUUACAGGACCGGGAUCUAACGUGUUGGGAGGAGAUUGAGCAGAGUGGCGAAAUCCCCCCAUCUUGCUGCAACUUUCCAGUCGCUGUGUGCAGAGACAAAAUGUUUGUUUUUUCAGGGCAAAGUGGUGCAAAGAUCACAAAUAACCUGUUCCAGUUUGAAUUCUCAGAAAAAGUAUGGACACGCAUCCCCACGGAGCAUUUAUUACGUGGCUCACCACCACCACCCCAAAGACGUUAUGGACACACUAUGGUGGCUUUUGACCGUCAUCUUUAUGUGUUUGGGGGUGCAGCAGACAAUACCUUGCCUAAUGAGCUGCAUUGCUAUGAUGUGGACUCUCGGUCCUGGGAGGUGAUCCAGCCCAGCCCAGACAGUGAGUUACCCAGUGGGCGUCUGUUUCAUGCUGCAGCUGUUAUUGCUGAUGCCAUGUACAUCUUUGGUGGGACUGUUGACAAUAAUGUCAGGAGUGGAGAGAUGUACCGUUUCCAGUUCUCGUGUUACCCAAAGUGCACUUUACACGAAGAUUAUGGGAGACUGUUUGAGAAUCAGCAGUUCUGUGAUGUUGAAUUUAUUCUAGGAGAAAAAGAGGAGAGGGUGAGAGGACACACUGCUAUUGUCACAGCUCGCUGUAAAUGGCUGAGGAAGAAAAUCAUGCAAGCUAGGGAUAGACAGAGACAAAAAUUUAAGCAGGAGCCGGAGGACGAAAAUCAGAAUUCCCAGCAGAAAACAGAGAGUGCCUGCAGCCAAGUCAAGCUAUCCCGCUCCCAGCCUAUGCUAGAGGUUAUCAUCCGAGAUGCUGAAGCUCGCCCGUUCGAGUUACUUAUGCAGUUCCUUUACACAGACAAAAUUAAGUACCCACGGAAGGGUCAUGUUGAAGAUGUUCUUCUCAUUAUGGAUGUUUAUAAACUAGCACUGCACUUUAAACUCUCACGUCUUGAGCAGCUUUGUGUUCAGUAUAUUGAGGCCUCUGUUGAUCUUCAGAAUGUCCUUGGUGUAUGUGAAAAUGCCAAUAAGCUGCAGCUGGACGAGUUAAAGGAACAUUGCUUAAACUUUGUGGUGAAAGAGUCGCACUUCAACCAAGUAAUAAUGAUGAAAGAAUUUGAGCACUUGUCAUCCUCGCUGAUAGUGGAGAUUGUCCGUAGGAAGCAGCAGCCUCCUAUUCGGGUCCAUUCUGAUCAGCCAGUUGACAUAGGCACUUCUUUGGUCCAAGAUAUGAAGGCCUGUUUGGAAGGGGCGGGGAAUGAUUUUUGUGACAUCACUUUGCUGCUUGAUGGACACCCAAGACCUGCACAUAAAGCCAUCUUGGCUGCCCGAUCCAGCUACUUUGAAGCCAUGUUCCGUUCUUUUAUGCCUGAGGAUGGACAAGUGAAUAUCUCGAUUGGAGAAAUGGUGCCAAGCAAGCAGGCCUUUGAGUCCUUGCUGAGAUAUAUUUACUAUGGAGAAGUCAAUAUGCCCCCAGAAGACUCCCUCUACUUGUUCUCUGCCCCAUAUUAUUAUGGGUUCUUCAGUAACCGACUACAAGCGUAUUGCAGGCAGAAUCUGGAAAUGAAUGUGACAGUGGAAAAUGUACUUCAGAUUAUGGAAGCAGCAGAUAAGACCCAGGCUCUGGAUAUGAAAAAACACUGUCUACACAUCAUCGUCCAUCAGUUCACCAAGGUUGCAAAGUUGCCAAACCUGCGAUUACUGAGCCAGCCUCUGCUUAUCAACAUAAUCGAAUCUCUGGCCAAUCACAUUUCUGACAAGCAAUGCGCUGAGCUAGGCUCUGACAUCUGAAGCCACCGACAGGGACCACGUGUGACGCCUGAAGACAUUCGGCCAAACUUCGUGCCAUUCCUUGUUGUUGCAAGUAAAGGACUGUGUGCUGUGAGUUAACUCUUCAUAUACAGUGAAGGCAUAGGAGCUCAGAUUUCCCAGUUACUAUCGCCAAUCUGUGUUUGUGAAAACUCCUGUAAGGGGUGCCGGGCAGGAGAAAUCAAUGCUCCCCACAUCAUGGUUUGUACAGAUUUUACUGUUGUCAGUCUGAACUACUGAAUGUACUCUGUAUCACUCUAUAUUAUGAUAUGCACUUUUCUUACAUUGUUUUCUGCACACUAGGGAAUUCAUGUAGCUGCCUGCAGGUGCUCUUUAAGGAACAGUAA